GACUGCAAAAAAAGGUUCACAGAAGUCCAAGAAGGAAGAAACAAAACAGAAAGCAGCCAUCUGGAGGCGGCCGCUGGUGGACAAGCCCGUGGAUGACGUCUACUUGGCCUGGCUUUAUAAGCGGCCAUCCUAUGGUGUAGAAGAGGCUCUGGGUUUGCUGAAGAAAUACCAGGAGCUAGACUUCACUUCUCCAAAGCAAUACAUCUAUAUUAACGUAUCCCUAGAUAUGGCACUACAGAAGAAGAAAAAGGUGGAUCCAUUUGCAAGCGUUGUUCUGCUUCCAUACCGCUUUACAGAUGAAGUGAAUAAGGUCUUGGUCUUCACUGAGGAUGAGCAAGAAGCUGAAAUAGCCCGAGAGAACGGAGCUGCCGUCGUGGGAGGACUUGAAUUAGUCAAAUGGAUUUUGGAAGAUGAAAUCCAAGUGGACUUCUACGUAGCCGUUCCUGCGAUAAUGCCUAAACUCAUACCAUUAAGGAACAAGCUAAAACGAAAAUACCCGAGCAUGAGAAGAAAUUCCCUGGGCAGUGAUAUUCCCAAAAUGCUGCACCUCUUCCGAGACGGUCUUGAGUACACGGUAGAAGACGAGCGUCUGAUCAAGACAAGAAUAGCAAGACUGGAUAUGCCCACCGAGCAGAUAAUUGCCAAUCUCAAGACAGUGAUCCAGGAUAUCUGCACGUUCAAGCCAUCGAGCUAUGGUCCUAUUGUGCAGAAGUUGGUGAUUAGGUCUGCAACCAGUGAAGGUUUGCUACUGAACCUUGAUGGGCUUCUACCAGAGGUAGAGAAGGCAGAAGGAAAAGAAGAAGGUGAUGCAGAAGAUGGUGAAGAAAAAGAUGUCCAAGAAUCUGCGAGCACCUGA